GUCAGUUUGGAAAGAUACGUGUGCUUUCUAGAAUGUUUUGAUAAUGCCUUUGAUGAUGUUUUGAUGAUGUUUUGACGAUGUUUUACGAAGCAAAAGAUUGGUUUAAUAUUAGGCAAAUUAAUUGGUGGAUCUCACAUAAUCAGAAGAAGCAACAAAAUGCAAUAAAAUGUCACCAAAAUAGUUCUGUAGUAAAUUACUUGUGUCGAUAAAAUAUGGAUACAGCUUCAGCUGCUUUAGCGGGUAAAUGCAACCACUUCGUAGUUACAAAAUAGUUAUAUCACACCACUUUCGCAACCCUUAGGUCUUGGCCGAUGUCGUUUCUCAGCCAAUUGGAAAGAGAGGGUAAGGAAGUGGCACACGUGUAUGAAAAUUAGUGGAGACUCUGUGACUGCCUGGAGAAGCAGGACAAUUUCAGUCUUGUCUAGUUGUAAAAUAUAUCGCACACUUGCUCCCAACAUUUUUUAAAACAGCAAUUAAUCGAAAAACAUCUUGUUAACAAAUUAACCUGCUACCCUUCUUAGAUUCAAGGCCAAAGAAGUACAAGUCUGCAUGGUUAGUUUUGUUUUUUGUUGCAAUGACACUCUUUACAAAUUACAUGCUUAAACCUUUAUUAUUUUUUUGGCAGUAUUACAGAGCACAGGCUCGUCACCACAUAAAUCAUACUUUGAUUUCAGCUGGAAUUUAUCCCAAAGGUUGACUAAAAUUGCUAUAUUUUGUCUCACAUGUUGCUUCAUACUACCCACGAGCUGUAAAAUGCUUAUUUGUUGUAAGAAGCUGACAAAAGAUAUAGUGUUCUUCACCAUCAAACAAUGCCAUGCUCAUAAUGGUUUGUUUCUACUUAGUAGAUUUUUUGUUGUUGCCAGAAAUUGUAUUGCCACAGUAAUCAACCAGCUGCAACACUAUCGUUGCGUCAUGUACAGUUGACUAGGACAACUGUGAAUCAUUGCCAUCUUAUCCUUGUGUGCCGCCCUUAUUAUUUAAUUAUACUGUUUUUACUUCAGCUAAGUUAUAGAAAAUGUCUCGAUGGUUAUGCUUUGCUUGCUUAAUCAUCUGUAUGGUUAUGGAGGUCAACAGCAAAGGGUUAAAUAUGGUCAUUCAAAAUAACCAAGAGGAUUGUGUAUUUUUGCCCAAAGGCAAAAAUGAAUUGAUCGUGAUUACUGCGCAGAUAUUAUCAUCAAAAAGAAACUUUGACUUAACAGUACUUAAUCCCGACGGUACACAAGUUAUAGCUAAGAAGGAGAUUUCGAAAUGCAAUGUGGAGGAAAGAGUGCCAACCGCAGGAAAUUAUGGUUUUUGCUUUAGAAAUAAUUAUCGAAGUUCGAUAGUGGUAGGCUUCGAGUAUGAUAACUUUAAAGAUACAAGCGAAGCGAAGUUUAAUAAGAAAUUAAAAAGCGAAAAACGUCAGUUCUUCAUGUCUGUCUCAAAGAAAUACGAAAAUCUUGUUCAAAACGAAAACGAUACGGUAAUUUCACUUGAAGAACUACUUCUCGAGCAAAUGAGAGAGACAAGAGAGGAGAAUGAAAUAACUGGCGGAAGGUAUGAGCAAGUUAAGGUAGGUAGUGCGUUCAAUAGAAGUUUUAGUGAUAACCAGAAAAUUUAGCUCUU